AUGCAACAAAGCCAACAAGCUCCGUUUCAAAGGAAGCCAUCACAGUUGGAGGAAACCUUGCAGAAUUUCACUAAAGCUACUCAAAGUAGUUUUGAUCAGAUAAAUAAGAACCAUGAAGAAAUGAGUAAAAACCAGGAUGUGUCUAUAAAAAAUAUGGAGAUGAAGAUUGGUCAAUUAUCUAGGCAAAUAACUACUUUGCCAGGCUCAAGUGGAGGAUUCACCGGUAACACCGUAGACAAUCCUAAGAAUGAAACAUGCAAGGUUGUUAAUACAGAUUAUAUUAAACCACCAUUCCCUAUAAUUAAGAAGAAACCGGUUCAAGAAGAUGAAUCAACGAUGUUUGCAAAGUUCAAGGAAAUGCUAGCUACUCUCCAGAUAAGUAUUUCGUUCCAUGAAAUUUUAGAACUCAUGCCUAAUUUUUUUAAAUUUAUGAAGGCAUUACUAAAGGGGACGAAAGGGAAAGCGUUCAAGGAGCAUGUAAGCAUGACCGAAAAUGAUGAAAUGGUAAUAUCUCAAGAUUUCCCACCAAAAUUAAAAGAUUCGGCAUUCAUGCCACUAAAAACGGUAAAAGACUUGAAAGUGGGUGAGAUCAUACCGAGUAACACGAUUCUAACUCUAGCUGACUCAUCUCUUACUCAAUCGGUUGGUAUUUUACAUAAUGUGUUAGUACAUGUCGAUGGACUAGUAUUUCCUGUGGAUUUUGUUGUGUUGGAUACAAAAGGAGACUCAAGAGGAUCUGUUAUUCUUGGACGACCAUUCUUGGUGACCGGGAAAGCAAAGAUUGAUGUAGAAACGGGUGAACUUAUCUUGAAGUUCAAUAAAAAUAAAGUUGUUUCGAGGUGUAUGAUUGGACACCGUAUUAUGGUUUCCAAAAUAGGAUGUGUAUCAAGAGGAUUAUCAUCAAGGGCAGCCCUAACGCCUAGCACUCCAAACUUUCCAAACCUUAAGUUUUUCUCCGGGGAGCAUGCUGAAAAUUUUCUCAAGCUAGUGGAUUACCACAUUAUGAAGGAAAAAGCAUUUGAUUAA